AUGUUGCAGACCGGGCCCAAAUUAAAGUUUCCAUUCUUCCACGUCCUGAGCCUAGCAGCUAGCACGCCAAUCCCAGCCGUCACUUGCUCUUGUUCUCAGGUUUUUGCUCCAGCGGAUAAGAAAGCUGAAGAUGCGAAAGACAAGGACAAAGAGUCAAAGCGCAAGGCUGCUGCAGCUAAGUCGAAGAAGGACCACGAGGACUUAGUGAAAGGCGCUGGCUUGGGUGACAUCCUUGAGAAGGAGGAAGGCACUGGCACUGCGUCAGACUGGAUCGCCAGGACAAGAGGUUCAGAUGGCAGCAUGAAAGGCGCGACAGCCAAGACAGAUGAUGGCAAGAAGAGGAAAGCGGCCCCUGGCGGAGAUGCGUCUGUUCCGAAGAUGAAAGUGCGACACGACUCCGAAGCCUUGAAGGAGGGCGAGUCGAUGGUGAUGACCCUCAGCGACCAGCGGCUGAUUGACAAGGAUGGCAACCUCGUAGAGACGCAGGAUGAGCUGUCCAAUGUCAAUCUGCUGGAUUCUGACAGGGCGAAGAAAAACGAAGCCAUCAGGUCGCAGGUGGAGUACGAUCCCACCAAACAAGGGGCGGACAUCCUCGACAAGUACGAUGAUCCUUCCGUCGCACCCAGCGGCUUCAUGAUCGGUGGCGUGCCCACUGGAGUCAUCGAAGAGAGGGAUCCUGAGAAGAGGUGCAUGCGCCACGUGCCGGCUGCAGAUCUUGACAACCAUGAGCGAGAACCAGACAUUGGACUUCGGGGCACGCCCGAAGAUCCGAGUGUAGCUCCUCUCACUAUCUCACUAUCCUGCUCUCAUGUGACCAUUGUGCAGAACAAGUUCCAGUCGGACUUCUACACGUCAGACGAAAUGGCCAAGUUCAAGAAGCCGCUUGGCGAAGGUUGGUGGCAGCGAGCUCCGACUCAGAAGAGUCUGUGGAUCACCUUCUGCUUUGCCCUCCUCACCAUUUGCUCACCUUCGGAGAUUAGUCACCGCUAUGCUGACUUCAUUGAUUCGGAGGCUCGGAGGGCACUGGACUGGAACUUGCAAUACUGGGCCCGUGAUGGCGGGCCCGUGUGCAAUGACACGUUCGAAGUAUCUGGCCUCGACAGCCUGUGCAGCCUACGCAUCCUUGACUUGGUGGAUGCUGUCAGCCUUGAGACGUCCAUUCCUGGGGAGCUCUUUCGCCUGGUCUGGGCUGGGGCGGCGCUGGGCCCGGGGCCGCUGCCGAACGCCUUCAAGAAGAAGAGCGACCUUCCUCUCAAGCUCACCUUGGUCAGGGUCCAGCCUGCCUGGACCGCAACUUUAGAUCGUGUUUUAGCAGGCCUCAUUCCAGGCGCCGACUUUGAUGCGAUUUGUGAUGGACGCGUGCUGCAACAACUAGGAGAAGUUCGGGACUGCCUGCGACAAAACCGUGAACUGGCGCUUGCCGCAGUACAGCACUCCGGAAGCAUGCUGAUGCACUGCAGUGAAGAACUGCUGCUCGACAAGGAGCUGGUGCUCGCAGCACUCCACGAAUGUGGAACUGCGCUGCGCUUUGUCCCACUCCCGCUACGCAGAGACCAUGAGGUAGUUCGCACAGCUCUGCGGAAUGAUGGUGAAGCCUUGGUCCAUGCGCCUGCACAGCUGCAGGCAAACAAGGAGCUUGUAGCAGAAGCAGUAGCCCAAGCUGGGGAGGCUCUCCGACACGCCUCUCCGCUCCUAAAGCAGGACAGAUCAUUUGUGCUGGAAGCAGUCCGACGGCGUGCCAAGUCCUUCCUCUACGCCGCGGCAACUCUACGAAAUGACAAGGCGUUCGUCAUCGCUGCCGUGCGGGUCAAUGGCGAUGUGCUAACCUACGUUCCGCAGGUUCUGCGCACCGAUAAGGAUGUGUGCAUGGCGGCCAGAGCAUUUUGGGCUGGCGAAGGAGAUGCGCCAGUGCACAAUGACGGCUUGCUGCGGAAGGGCCUGCUGUGGGAGCCCAGCGAGGAUGCCAAGAGGGCUGCACAGCUUCUCGAAGGCAGAAUUGCAUGA